UUGUAUACCGGAUGUUAGUGCACCAGACACGCCGCCUGGAGUGCGUGGAACACGGCUGACUGUACCAACUGUACCGCUCGCUCGCUGUGCCGCUCUGCUGCGCCGUGCCCCGACUUCGUCGACUCUGCGUGGCUCUUUAGAUUGUGGUUUUUAAUUUUUUUUUUUACCCCUCGCCGGACUCUCGUCCUGGACCUCAGAAACGCUCCCACCCCGAAAUGUGUGGCAGGAUCCCCGUACUACUAUGUGCUGUGCUCGCGACUGUACUGCGGUACACAGCGGCAUUUUAUCUGCCAGGAUUGGCCCCUGUUAACUACUGUAAAGAAGGCGCUACGUCUUCGCAAUGCCAGUCCAAGGUGAACCUGUACGUGAACCGGCUGGAUUCAGAUGAGUCGGUCAUUCCUUACGAAUACCAGCACUUCGACUUCUGCACGUCGAGCGAAGCCACCUCCCCGGCCGAAAACCUGGGGCAGGUUGUGUUCGGCGAGCGGAUACGCCUCUCUCCCUACAUCAUGAACUUCAUGGAGAACAAGACAUGCACUCCGCUCUGCUCCAAGUUCUAUAGCAAGAGCCAGCCAGAGUCCAUGGCCAAGUUGGAGCUGCUCAAGAAGGGCAUGAUGAAGCAGUACAAGCACCACUGGAUUGUGGACAACAUGCCGGUGACCUGGUGCUACCUGGUGGAGCCCAACAGCCAGUUCUGCUCCAUGGGGUUCCCCAUGGGUUGCUUCACCUACCGCACCAGCCAGCCCAAGGGCAUGUGCGGCAUCUAUUCUGCCUACUCGAAGCCGGACACAUUCUACCUGUUCAACCACGUGGACCUGACGGUGUCGUACCACAAGAGCGACAAGGAGUCGUGGGGAAGCUCCUUCAUCGAGGAAGGGGGGCGCAUCAUCUCCGUCAAGGUGCAGCCCAAGAGCCUAAAGCACAAGGCCGGCCCCAACAUGUGCGACACCGGAGAGCCCCUGACACUGGGAGUGAAGGAUGAAGAUGACAUCAACAUCACCUACACCUACAGCGUCUCCUUCGUGAGGAAUGAUCAUAUCAGGUGGUCGUCUCGCUGGGACUACAUCCUCGAAUCCAUGCCCCAGACAAACAUCCAGUGGUUCAGCAUCAUGAACAGUCUCAUCAUUGUGCUGUUCCUGACCGGGAUGGUUGCCAUGAUCCUGCUGAGGACACUGCACAAGGACAUAGCCCGCUACAACCAGAUGGACUCUGGGGAUGAUGCCCAGGAGGAGUUUGGCUGGAAGCUGGUUCACGGGGACGUGUUCCGGACUCCGAGGAAGGGCAUGCUGCUGUCCGUCUUCCUCGGCAGUGGCACCCAGAUCUUCUUCAUGACCUUCAUCACCCUGCUGUUUGCCUGCCUUGGAUUCCUGUCACCAGCAAACAGGGGAGCCCUCAUGACCUGUGCGAUGGUGCUGUUCGUGUGCCUUGGAACUCCGGCUGGCUACGUCUCUGCCCGGAUCUACAAAGCAUUUGGGGGGGAGAAGUGGAAGUCUAACGUGCUUCUGACUGCCCUGGUCUGCCCUGGGGUUGUGUUCAGCCUGUUCUUUGUGCUGAACCUGCUGCUGUGGGCCAAGGACAGCUCUGCGGCAGUGCCCUUCACGACGUUGCUGGCCCUGCUGGCCCUCUGGUUCGGCAUCUCCCUGCCCCUCACCUUCGUGGGGGCCUACUUCGGCUUCAAGAAGAGGGUGAUGGAGUACCCCGUGCGCACGAACCAGAUCCCGCGUCAGAUCCCGGAGCAGUCGCUGUACACCCAGGCCCUGCCGGCCAUUUUCAUGGGCGGGAUCCUGCCCUUCGGCUGCAUCUUCAUCCAGCUCUUUUUCAUCCUCAACUCCAUCUGGUCGAGCCAGAUGUACUACAUGUUCGGGUUCCUGUUCCUGGUGUUCAUCAUCCUGAUCAUCACGUGCUCUGAGACCACGGUCCUGCUCUGCUACUUUCACCUCUGCUCGGAGGACUACCACUGGUGGUGGCGGUCCUUCCUGACGAGCGGCUGCACGGCCUUCUACCUUUUUGUGUACUGCGUGCACUACUUCUCCCGGCUGAGCAUCACCGGCCUGGCGUCCACCUUCCUCUACUUCGGAUACACCACCAUCAUCGUCUUCCUCUUCUUCCUGCUCACGGGCACCGUGGGUUUCUUCUCCUGCUUCUGGUUUGUGCGCAAGAUUUACGGAGUUGUCAAGGUGGAUUGAGUGCCGCAAGCUGCCUCCACGGAAAGACCCACCUCUGCCCGUUCUCCGUGCCGGACACGGUCGCCAUCUUGUGUUUUUUUUUUUUUUUUACGCUGUUCCGCAGUAGACGGGGAAGGCGACGAUUUUUGCGCAGCUGCGAGAACCGCUAGCUUAUCUGCUUGUUUCGUCGUCUUUGUGUGUUUUGUUUGUUCUGUUAUUUACACUUUCAAAAUGAUAUCCCCUUUCUAUCGCUCUAGAGUCCUUUAAAAUCCCUAGGGGCUGUUUAGUGUAAGUGAACCAAAGUAUUUAAUUUUGUUUCGCGUUUUCGCCGCAUUGCCGUUCGUAAGUCGUUGAAUUAGUUUUAAACCAGUUCUUGUUUCCUUGUUAAACUUGUUCCAAACCUUCAGUUGAACAUUUGCUCGGUCCUCGUCACAGAUGCUCACUUCCAAUAUUCUCUUUUUUUUUUCCCCCUAAAACCUGGUAACUACCUGAUAUUCUUUUGUUGAGUAGAUUUCAUUGGUUGGAAGAUUCAUUGGUUGACUUGGUAGUGGCUGUGAUAGGGGUGGAGGGGGGGGGGGGAGGAGAGAAGAUGCAUUACAGGAAUUUAAGAGCUUGGGGGCUUGCAUACCACACUGCUGCCACUCAUCAGGCAGCAACCCUCCGAUAAAACAAAGUUUGUCAUCUGCAUAUUCAUUAGCUGCUUCUUUGUCUAGCUUUAGCGCUUGUUUUUUUUUUUUCUUGUUUUUUUUACAGAGCAUUUUGUUUUUGUCUGUAUAUAUUGACUGAAAUUUUUUUUUGUCACUUUGGCUUUUUGGUUUGGACCGGUCACGAGGUUUGGGGAGGAUUGCGACGGAUGUCUAGUCUUGACGGAGGACACUGCACUCGGGAGGCAAUUUCCGCACAAUAAAACUGUGUAAAUAUAACCAGGAGUGGUUGUAGUAAUUAAUGCACAUUUGGACGGGAUCCCUAGACUUAACAUUCGCGGCAAUUUUGAAAUUUUUUACCCUUUGCGCACACAAUUUUUCUUUUUUUUGUUUUUGUUUUUUAGUGGCAAACUUGUGUGGCACUUUGGUUUCUUGCAUCGACUUGCAUCUGACAGAAUUCUUGUGGUUGGGGGUAUGGUGUGAACCGCAGUUCCUGGCCUCCCUACGUUUGGAUUUGCAGUGUGGAUGUUCUGUGUUCUACUGGGUCAAUUUUAUAGACUAUUGUUUUCUGAUGGCUGGUGUUAAUAAAUGGAAUGAUUGACCUA